AUGUUUGCUCACAUCUUCCUCUUCUUGGUGCUGGGGUUGAGCUUCGUGGUGGCUGAUGUCGCGGAUAUACAAACAUGUUUGUUCCACCUAUACUCAGUCGAUGCCAGUUGCAGCAACAACCUCACAGUUGGCCAAUUACCAGGUGGUCAACUUCAGGGAAGCAAACUCACAGAGUCAGCAACGUGGUUCCGGUUUUUUGAUGGUCGUCUUCUAGACCACGCCCUACGGGGGUGCUGGUGGGCUCCCGUCUCGACAGUCUUAGUCUGUGACGUUGCCUUUUCCGACGUGGAAGAACCCGACAUGCUUUUCUCUGUCACCACGCACGGCGAUGCCCAGGCUCUCAGUUACAAUGGAACAUUUUCCUUUUUCGCCUGCCGAUCUGGCCGCUACGACAAGGUGAACUACUACCUCGAGCAGCCGGACGCAACGUGCCCGCAAGUCUUCCUUCACGUCGACCCCGAUAUGUCAUGUUUUGAUGAGCCGUUUCUCACUAUGACAACCACACCCGCGCUUCAUUUCUCAACGCCAGUCCCCUCUGCCACAGAGAGUACCAGUACGGACGAUUUGUUGAGUACUGCGUACUAUACUGAGACAGUCGGCGAGUCAACUUCGACAGCUCACGAUACAGAAUCUCCCGCCACUUACGACACAGACGGUCCCCGGGUUACUACGUUGAUCUUCCAAACCACCACACCUACAUUAACCAUCACAGUAGACGAACCCCCCCCAACCUCAGCCUCCUACCCCCCACCUUCCACCCUCCCACUUACAUCAUCCAUCCGCCCCCAAUACCACACCCUCAGCACCCUCCUCUCCCCUCCCCUCCCAUCCCUGACCGCCCCCUCCAUCAACCUCACAGCCUUGCCUCCCACGACCUUCCCAUCCCUCUCCAUCCCCAAACCGUUCACAACAGGCCUCUUCUCCUGGACAAACUCCUCUUUCCCCUCCACCCUCAAAACUAAAACCCUCAGCCCGGGCGUUUAUGGUAGCGGAAGGGGUUCUUCCCUCAGCAUGCAGACACCAACGGUGUAUUACGGCACGGCAGGGUUCAGCCGUCCACCCAGAACUCCUACCCCGUCAUACGAACCAAUGCCUUUGGUGACGACGUUGAUUUUUCAUACGGAACGGGAGGAGGGUGGGGGAAGUGUUACUACCGGGCCGGUGGUGGAGACCUUUACGGUGACGGCGGAGGAGGGGGUAGUGGUUACCUUUGCUGUGGAGGUUGAGCGUUAAGGGGGGGAAGUUUGUUAAAGGUGCAAAGAUGAGAGAGGAAGGAGGAAAGACAAAGGAAGAAAAAGGAAGAUUUAGUGUAAUGGUAGUAAUAAUAGUACAGGGAAGAGGCUGUUUGGACUUGGCUUGAAAAGGGGUUGUAAAGUGUUGCUUGGUGGCUAUAAGUUAGGGCAGGUGUGCAAAGAGUGUCCCGUUGUUAAACUUGGCGUUGAACGAUUAACUAAGGGGGGGUCUUUGAACCCACCAUUUUCAAGUA